AAUGCAAUGGGUUAGUAAGAAUAAGGCUAAGGCUAUGGGUUAGUAGAAAAUGAAUAUAUUUGUGUUAAUGAUGUGAAAAAUAUUACAAAACAAAGUAUUCCAAACCUUGUCACAGGACACAUUAUCCAUAGAAAACAUGGAAGUAUGUGAAAAUACACAUUGACUUUAAAAAAGAAUAGAAAUAGUCACAUCUGCCUCUACACACAAAAGUAAAUGUGUCUCCUUAUUUUAGUUCUUCUAAAGUCUGCAUGAUUUGCAUGAGACCGUUAACCAUUUAUUCACUGAUGGUCUCAUGUUUCUGUGCACACUGUAAUAUUCAUAAACCAUCAUGCUAAUAAUAAAAGGGAACAAAAAUCCAUAAUUUGUUUUAUUGUUUAUAUGUUGGAAAAAAUUAGAUAAUUUCUACUCUCAAUCUGUGGUAAAACAUUUAAGUGAAAGUGUCAUUAAUCACUGGUGUAUAAUAAGUCAGUAUUGACUUGUUGGAGUGAUCCUGCUGUGGAACUAUGGUAUCUUUCCUAAAGCCCCAUGGAUGUAGUGGCAUGUCACUGCGAAACUGCCAAAGCUCAAGAUGACACUUUAAUAUGUGUUAACAUCUCUUCUGUCAGCCUGUGGAUGGCACAACAUCGCCCCCCAGUGUCCAUAAGGUAAAAUUCACCUAAAAGGUAAAAUAACAGACACACAAACGCGUAUUAAACUUUCCUUCAGUCAAGAUAGCAGCACGGAAAUGUGUCUUAAAAGCUGAUAUAAGCUUUUUAUGGGAAUACAAAGAGGAAGACGGAAAAUUGGAAGACUUUGUUGCGGGUGCAACAUUACCAGCGUAGAAGAAGAAGAAGAAGGAGCGGAAGUGACGUCAGGAAUCCUGCCUCCACAACAAUCGGAGCUUCAACCCUUGACUUAUGAAAGGUGCAGAUGGAAGUGUUAGAUAAACCGGGGUUCCCUGCCCACACGCGCCACCAUGUGAAGAGCUAAACGACUUCUGCCGAGACACACUUUUAUUCAAAGAAAGGGAUUAUUAUUUUUUAGUGGGACAAGUUUGACAAAGGACAGAGGGACGGCAUGGCGAAGCGCCGAGGGAGCGCAGAGACAGAGGUCGGUACAAAGAAACCGAAGCCGGUGCCGAAGGCAAAGAGCAGCGCAGCGAGAGCGAAGAAUAAAGAUGCAGGUAAAGUCAUCUCAGAGGACGAGGAGACACUCAAGAGGAAGGUCAAACCCAAACCACGGGCCUCCACCAAGCGAGUGUCGGGGAAAACCUCUUCCACAACCGCAGCGGCUGUCAAAACCAGUAAAUACUUCCCGUCGCCGCUGAAGGGGGAGCAGGCUGACAUCGAGGAGGACGCGGUGACCUCGGCAGCCACCGCGGUCCGAGGGAACAUCAAAGAAACCAAGAGAGAAGAAAAAGAGCAGCAGGAGGAGGAGAGUGAGGAAGACGACGGUGAUGAUUGGGAGGAAGUGGAAGAGCUCUCUGGGCCGCUGGGUCCAGUGGAAACACCCGAACCCGUCCUGCCGUCCCAGCCGGUUCAGAUAGAGAUCGAGACUCCAGAAGUCCGAAAAAAGAAAAAGAGGCAGGCGGAGUUUGAGACUUAUAUGAGACGGAUGGUGAACCGACUCAAGAAGGACGUGCUGGUAGACACACACAAGGUCCACCUGCUGUGCCUGAUAGCCAACGGGAUGUUCCGCGGCCGUCUGUGCAGUGAACCCGACUUGCUGGCCAUCACUCUGUCGCUGCUGCCCGCCCACUUCAGCAUGGUCGCCAAGGAACGCGUCGACCAAAACUACCUCUCUGGCCUGCUCAAAUGGUUUACGUCAACGUUCACCCUGAACGCCAGUCUGUCCUGUGAGGAGAGUCUGAACCCCCGCGCGCUGCUGGAGCGGCGGCUCGCCAGCCUCUCUGCCAGAAACCACCAGGAGAUGACUCAUCUGUUCCUGUUGGUCCUGAGGUCUCUGCGGCUCUUCUGCCGACUGGUUAUUUCUUUGCAGCCGAUUCCUCUCAAAACCCCAUCAGCCAAGGGCAAAGGUGCUGGGACAUCUACCAGCGCUCCGGGAAAGAGCAAGACAAGCCAGCAAACCUCCAAGACCAUCUCCCCCGAGCAGAAGGUCUCUCCUGGCACCAAGAGACCGGCUGGAGGGGGGGCGGUCAGAGGAGGCCACGGGGGAAAGAAAGCUAAGACAGAAGAAAUAAAGGAGGAGUACGACGAGAUAAAGGAAAAGACUAAAGCAUCUGGAGGGCAGAGGCCAAAGAACUCCAAACGUCGCAGCGUCGCCUCUAAAGUCAGCUACAAGGAAGACAGUGAGAGCGAAGGGGAGGAGGAGGAGGAGGAGGAGGAGGAGGGGCUCAGCGAAGACGACUUCCAGGCGACCAGCGAGGAAGACAGUGAGGAGUCAGAGAGAGGGGCUGAAUCCGCAAAGUCGAAGAAAGAGAAAGGAAAGGGAAAAGCCAACGUGACCAAACGCAACAACAGCGCGGCUCCGAAGAGAAGAAGCGGCGGAGGGAAAAAACAGAUGAAAGACGAGGGGGGAGAAGAGGAGGACGCGGACGAAGAAGAGGGAGCCGCGGGCAACGGAACAAAGCGGAGGAGUGGCAGAAAGAACGACGGGCCCAGGGCGGACGAGUGGCUGGAGGUGUACCUGGUGAAGACGUCUUCCUGGGUCUGCGUGGACACGGAGCGCGGCGUCGGGAUGCCUCACCUCUGCUCCCAGAAUGCAACGGCGCCCAUUACGUACGUGGUGUCGGUGGACGGAGACGGCUUUGUGAAGGACUUGGGGAGGAAGUACGACCCCACCUGGCUGACAUCUUCCAGGAAGAGGCGCGUGGACGAAGAGUGGUGGGAGGAGACGCUGCAGCCGUUCCUCGGACCCGAGGACGAGAGGGACAUGAAGGAGGAAAAGGAGCUCCAGAACAAACUGCUGAACAAACCCCUGCCCGUCUCGAUAGCGGAGUAUAAGAACCACCCGCUGUACGCCUUGAAGAGGCACCUGCUGAAAUAUGAAGCCCUCUACCCAUCAACUGCCACUUCACUGGGCUACUGCAGGGGGGAGCCGGUGUACUCCAGGGAUUGUGUGCACACGCUCCACUCCAAAGACACUUGGUUGAAAGAGGCACGGACUGUCAGACUAGGAGAGGAACCGUAUAAGAUGGUGAGGGGCUUCUCUAAUCGGUCCCGCAAAGCCAGGAUGGCGUCUGAGCAGAAGGAGGAGAAUGACCUGUCUCUGUUUGGAGAGUGGCAGACUGAGGAGUACCAGCCGCCUUUAGCUGUGGGCGGGAAGGUUCCCCGUAACGAGUACGGCAACGUCUACCUGUUUAAGCCCUGCAUGAUACCGGUGGGCUGUGUUCACCUCAAGCUGCCCAACCUGCACCGCGUGGCCCGGAAGCUGAACAUGGACGCAGCCCCCGCCGUCACAGGCUUUGACUUCCACGGAGGAUACUCGCACGCUGUGAAUGACGGUUACAUUGUGUGUGAGGAGCAUGAGGAGAUUCUCAGAGCGGCCUGGGUGGAAGAUCAAGAGAUUCAGAAACAGAAGGAGAAAGAGAAAAAAGAGAAGAGGGUGAUCUCCAACUGGACUGUGUUGGUCAAGGGGCUCCUGAUCAGAGAAAGACUUAAACAGCGCUACGGAAAGAAGAACCAGGGACUGGGGAACCUCCAGGAGACGUGCGGGCUUUCGUCAGAUGAAGAGGUGCCUGAGGCUGCAAGUCCUUCAGCCAAGACGGCGUCUGAGACUCUGGCCAUGUCCUGGCCUCAGAACAGACAGGCGGAGGAGGAGGAAGACGGAGGGAGCAUCAGCGGACUGAAGAGGAAGACGAAGACGACAAAACGAGAAAAGAAGGGACAGGAGAAGCACAUGUUCCCCUUUGAGAAAGUGUGAUGUCAGGGAGCCCAGAACACAUUUAAGUUGAGUUAAGUCAAGCAUAUAGAACCUCAGGUGUAACACAUUUUUAAACCAACUUUUUUAACAUUUGUCAUCUUUGGAACUUAUGGCUUUGAUAUUUAAGGACAGGAAAGAGGGGAGGACAAAGGAGAGGAAUGUUUUGUGGUGAUCUGCAGAUUUGGGUUCUGGUUGGAGUCUGUUGUCAUGGUUUCCCAUCGCAUGCACAGCUUACGGCAACUUGAAUAGUGGCUUGUGUGGCAGGUGAACACAAACAACCCUGUGAAACCUGCAACACAAUAAGAAAUACAGACAAAUGAACUAUGAUCAAUAAACAUUUCCUCCAUAGCUUGUAGUAGAUCCACUACCUACUAAUGGAUUAUUUGUAAAAUAUACUGUAUUUCUUUUUUUCUCUCUUUCCCUGUCGGGCUGCUACAUCCAUGGAGGAUGUUUUUGUGCUGUAUUUUGAAUCAGCCCUCACAUUCAGCCUCUUACUCAUCGCUUUCACACUUUUGUCACUGUUUCACACCUUGUUUCUCUCUACGUGUUUUGUACAAAGCAGGUGAUGCCUGUAUUUCGCAUAAUAAACUUUUUGUAUUAAAAGUAUUUUUCUAAGAUGUAAUACCAGUUAAAAGCAAUAUAAACAAAAUAAAGAAAUGAUUUUGUUGAA